AUAUCCAAGUUUAUUGAGUCAGUUAAAAAUACUAAUCAAUUGCAAUUCCAAGAAUUUCAGGAAAAAGUUAAAAAAAUUGAGGAUUUAAAGCAGGAUAAUCAGAGACUAAUGGUUGAAUUAAAAGACCCUAAUACUACUCCUGAACGAAAAGCCCAAAUUCAGGAAAUUUUAAAGAAAAACACGCAGCAAAUAAAGAAUUUGAUUAAUGAACUAAAAACUCACCCUGCAAGAGGGUUUUUCGACCAGGAGGCUAUUAGUUUAAUCAAUAAUGCUAAACAAUGGUUAGUAACCGGAAAUUACCCAGGGGCUGGUUCGGGAUUAGGAGGAAGCAAAGGAAGAGGAAAAACUGGGGGCGGCAAAGCCGAAAGAGAAAAUCGCCAAAGCGAAUUAGAAAAAAAGCAGAUCGAACAAAUUGAGCGACAAUUAGCCGGAUUUCAGCCAAAACCAAAAGACACAGAACCACUAAGUUGGUGCAAGGACGGCUAUUUAGGCAUAAAAGAUAUCGACGAAGCCAAAAAUACUAUAGAAGAGGGAGAAGAAGCAGUUUUAAUUUAUACCGAAGAACAAAAAAAGCAUUUUAUCCGUAUUUUAGAAGAUAUUGACGAUUUUUUGAAUAAUGAGGGAAAAUUAAAUUUAAAUGCGGAGG